AUGGCCACCCCAAACAGUAAUAUCGGUCGCAAGACGACAUCGACCAAGGAUCUGGGCCAUGUGCUCAUCACUGGAGGAUGCGGCGGUCUAGGAACACAGAUCAUCAACCUCCUGCUCGAACGCAAUGCGUGCACCAAGCUCUCAGCAAUGGACCUGCGACCUGCUGCCGAGCCUAUCAAGGGCUGCGAAUACCACUUUGGAGAUCUCACGGACGAGGGUGCUAUGCGCGAGCUGUUUGUCAAGAUCAAGCCCAGCAUUGUCAUCCACACUGCCAGCCCCAAGUUCAACAUGCCCGACGAGAUCUUGUACAAAGUCAAUGUCGACGGAACCAAGACACUUCUUCGCGUAGCUUCUGAGACUGGAGUCAAGGCCUUUGUCUAUACCAGCAGUGCUAGUGUCAUCAGCGACAGCGCGACCGACCUGAUCAACGCCGACGAGACCUACCCUCUUGUGACCGGCAAGGAGCAACCUGACUACUACACCAACACAAAGGCUCUUGCCGAGAUGGCCGUUACCCAGUACAAUCGCCCUGCCUCUAACCCUCGUUUCCUCACCUGCGCACUUCGUCCUUCUGGUAUCUUCGGCGUCAACGAUCAGACCCUUCUUCCUGGUAUGCUCGGAGCAUACUACAAGGGCCAGACCAAGUUCCAGCUUGGCGACAACACCAACCUUUUCGAUUUCACCGAGUCUGUCAAUGUCGCCCACGCACAUCAUCUGGCAGCGGCUGCUCUCCUGACAACAUAUGAGCGCGAAGAGGCAGGACAGAUUGCUCCAUUGAGUCACGAGAAGGUAGAUGGCGAAUCUUUCUUCAUUACCAACGAUGCGCCCAUGUACUUCUGGGACUUUACUCGUACUGCAUGGAAAGAAGCUGGUGAUACAACCACACCCAGCCAGGUCUGGACGAUUCCCAAGGACUUUGGACUGUUCAUCGCAACUUUGUUCGAGUACAUUUUCUGGAUCUUCCAGCUCGGAGUGCCAAACUUGACCAGACAAAAGGUCAAGUACAGCUGCAUGACGAGAUACUACAGUAUUGAGAAGGCCAAGAGAAGACUGGGUUACAGACCAGUCGUGGGCAUUACUGAGGGACUCAAGAGAGGAGUGGCAGACACCAUCAGACGAGGAUUAGUACCAGGCAGUCCUGAAGAGGCGCAGCGUCUGGCUGCAGAGUCCAAGAAGGCUCAGUAA